CGCGCGGACACACAGACAGACAAGGACGCUCCAGAGCCGCGAGCCGGGGACGGCGGAGCCCGAGACGCGCGCGAGCCCCGUCUUUGAUUUCCCGUUCCGUUAAACCUUCAGGGUCCACCUGGAAAAACCAGCUGCCCCAACACCGACUGGAGCCACAACCGGAGAGUAACUUUUUGGACACAAAUAUCUGAAUUUCUGGAAUAACCAACAACUAUUUUUAUUUUAUUUUUAAAUUUUCUCCAAAAGGAUUUGGCCUUCAUGAGUGGAAAAAAAGGAGCGGGUGACGUUUGGCUUUUCAACAGUGGGAGAACACAAGUGUCCGUUUCCUUCGGGAUUUUCUGAAGCUGCUUUUACGCACAGAGCGCAGUCGGAACUAAAACAGGCAGAAGUUUCCCCACCUUCAUCUGUUUGGGCUUUAUGUGUUUGGCUUUUUGCGCAAGAAGACAUUCCCGCUGCUCAUAAGAAUGCGUCUUUUGGACUUAUCCUAGGACUUGUACCCGGGCUUUUGGAAUUGGUGGAUGCCUUGGAAACGCGGCCACUGACAGGAUGCAUCAAAGGGACUGGUAACUUCCUGAAGUUGGGAAAUUCAAGUUGACUCCAGCUGCUAAUCUCCAAGGAGGAAUAAGCUACAAAGCCACAGCUGUAAGAGGAUGAAGAGAACACUGUCAUAGGUUCUUGUGAAUCUCAGGGUCAACUGAUGCAGCCAUGGGCCAAUCGCUGGAUCUUUGAGAGCAACCUUCCUCCCCCUUCUUCUUCUCCACUCCCUCCUCCUCUUCCUCUUCUUCCCUUGUCCUGAAGAUCUGGAAGUUGAGUCCUGCAAAGCCCAACCGUGGUACUUUUUUCCUACAAACCAUGACUGGCUCUGAUUCUCGGAUACCUGGCCGAACACUCCCAGCACUAUUUUUAUACCUUGCUCCUCUGCUGCUGAUGGACGGCCGGUGCCAUGCAGCACCUUCAGGCCCAGAGUCUGACUCCUGCUCCACCUUAGUCCAGAAUCGCUUCUUUGGCUUCUUUCGGUCAUCGUCAGUGUUCCCCACUGUGCCUUGCUCCUGGACUUUGCAGAAUCCCGAUCCUCGCCGCUACACCAUCUUCAUCAAGGUGACCAAACCCACUGAGGACUGUGUGCCAUCACAACUCCGCACCUUUCAGUAUGACUCCUUCUUGGAGACGACACGCACCUACCUGGGCAUGGAGAGCUUCGAUGAGGUGGUGAGACUGUGCGACUCCUCUGCCCCAGUUGCCUUCCUGGAGGCUGGGAAGCAGUUUCUACAAAUGAGAAAAGGACUUCGUCGGGUGGGUGCUGCCAUCACAGAUGGAGAUGGGGACUUCAAAACAGAGUACUUGGUGGUGGGGAAGCGUAACCCGAGCAUGGCUGCUUGCCAGAUGCUGUGCCAGUGGUUAGAGGACUGCCUGGCCUCCAGUACAUCCAACAGACCCUGUGGCAUCAUGCAGACGCCAUGUUUGUGCUGGGAGAAGCCUCCUCAGCUCAGCCAUGGAGACAGCUGUUACCACAAUGGAGUUUACCUGGAAAAUUGUUUACCUACUGUGAAAGAGAGUGGAAAAGAUACAGAGAUAAACGGUGGUUGGAGUGUAUGGGGCCAGUGGGCGCAGUGCAGCAGCGACUGUGGGGGUGGAAUCCAAACCCGGGCUCGGACCUGUCAGUCUCCACCGGAGGAAUCGUACCUAUGUGAGGGUGUGGUGGAGGAGGGCCGGCCCUGUAAUUCACAGCCCUGCACCGGCAAAGGUCGCCAUCUCUCUCGCAGCCAGUCUCUUCGCUCAGUGGACAGCCGCAAGCGUGAUGACGUAGACAAGCCCCGCGGCGGACAGCAGAGCCCUCAGACAGUAGACUCAGCUUCAGGGGAGGAGUGGUCAGCGUGGAGUGUGUGUUCUGCCACAUGUGGGGAGGGCUGGCAGAGUCGCACUCGUUUCUGUGUGUCCUCCUCCUACAGCACCCAGUGUAGUGGGCCACUGCGAGAGCAGAGACCUUGCAACAACUCUGCUGUUUGUCCAGUGCACGGUGCAUGGGACGAGUGGUCACCGUGGAGUUUGUGUUCAUCGACCUGUGGCCGGGGUUACAGGUCCCGAACACGAACCUGCACCCCACCACAGUUUGAGGGAGAUCCCUGUGAGGGCCCAGAGAAACAGACUAAAUUCUGCAACAUAGCUGUCUGUCCAGUGGAUGGGGUUUGGAAUGAGUGGUCCAGCUGGAGCUCCUGUUCCGCCACCUGCUCUAAUGGGACCAUGCAGAGAACUAGGGAGUGUAACGGCCCCUCAUAUGGAGGCUCCGAGUGCAGAGGAGAGUGGCUGGAAACUGUGGACUGCUUCCUCGGAGAGUGUCCGGUGGAUGGAAAGUGGCAGCCGUGGUCUUUGUGGUCGGGCUGUUCUAAGACAUGCGGAGGAGGCAGUCAACAGAGAAACAGGAUUUGUUAUGGGCCCUUUUUCGGAGGGCAGCCCUGUCCAGGAGACCGAGAGGAGGUCCGGCGCUGUAAUGAAAAGAGAUGUCCAGAACCUCAUGAAAUUUGUGGCGAAGACAACUUCUCUAAUGUCGUAUGGAAGAUGACUCCAGCUGGGGAUACAGCGGCAGUUCGCUGUCCUCCAAAUGCCAUGGGACUCAUCCUGCGCCGCUGCAACCUGGAUGAAGAAGGCAUCGCCUACUGGGAGAAUCCCACCUACAUGAAAUGUAUUUCCAAUGACUAUCGCAGUAUUCAGACUUUGACGCGGGAACAUUUGUCUAAAGCGCAGCGUGGCCUUGUGGGAGAUGGAGUUUCUGAGGUGAUGACCAAACUGAGGGUAACGUCCAGUGACGGGACCAGCUACAGCGGUGAUCUGCUGGCCAUCGUGGAUGUGCUGAAGAACAUGACAGAGAUCUUCAGGAGAGCGUACUACAGCCCCAGCAGUGCGGACAUGAGGAACUUUGUGCAGUCAGUCAGCAACCUGCUGAUGGAGGAGAACAGGGAGAGAUGGGAGGAAGCCCAACUGAUGGGGCCAAACAUCAAAGAGCUGUUUCGUCUGGUCGAAGACUUUGUGGAUGUCAUCGGUCUGAGGAUGAAAGACUUUCAAGACAUGUAUGAAGUCACCGAUAACCUGGUGUUGAGCAUCCACAAGCGUCCAGUGGUGGGUCAUGCGGACGUCAGUUUCCCUAUGAAAGGCUGGAGGGGCAUGGUGGACUGGGCCCGCAACUCAGAGGACAGGGUCACCAUCCCCAAGAACAUCCUGGUGACCGGAAAGCCAGACUCUGAUGACUCCUCAACGUUUGUAGCCGGCAUCGUUCUGUACAGAAACCUGGGCAGCAUUCUGACUCUGCAGAGAAACAGCACAGUGCUCAACUCCAAGGUUCUGUCGGUGACCAUCAAACCAACCCCCGCUUCCAUCUACGCUCCUGUUGUAGUCGAGUUCUCCCACUUGUACAACGGCACAACCAACCAGACCUGUAUCUCGUGGGAUGAAAGUGACAGCUCUUCUCUGCUGGGAUCCUGGUCUGCCAGGGGCUGCAAAGCCGUGCUAGUCGACUCAUUCAGAACCAAAUGCGUGUGUGACAGACUGUCCACCUUCGCCAUUUUAGCACGGCUAAACCCCGAAAUGAACAUGGAUAAAACACAGCUCCCUUCUGUGACGCUGAUCGUGGGCUGUGGAGUAUCCUCGCUGACAUUGUUGCUGCUCAUCAUCAUCUACGUAUCUGUGUGGAGGUACAUUCGGUCGGAGCGCUCGGUCAUCCUCAUUAACUUCUGCCUCUCCAUCAUCUCCUCUAAUGCCCUCAUCCUCAUUGGACAGACGCAAACGCGGAAUAAGGUCUUGUGCACCCUGAUCGCCGCCUUUCUUCAUUUCUUCUUCCUGUCGUCCUUCUGCUGGGUUCUGACCGAGGCCUGGCAGUCGUACAUGGCGGUGACGGGCCGCCUCAGGAACCGGAUCAUACGCAAGCGUUUCCUGUGUCUGGGCUGGGGUCUCCCUGCACUUGUGGUGGCCAUCUCAGUGGGAUUCACCAAAGCUAAAGGAUAUGGAACACCCAGCUACUGCUGGCUGUCUCUGGAAGGAGGUCUUCUCUAUGCGUUUGUUGGACCUGCUGCAGCAGUAGUCUUGGUUAACAUGGUUAUUGGGAUUCUCGUUUUUAACAAACUGGUGUCCAAAGACGGCAUUACUGAUAUGAAACUAAAGGAGAGGGCGGGGGCUCUCCAAUCAGGAACACAUCAGUCUCAGAAGCCCCCUCCCAUGUCAUCAGUGAUUGGGGCGUCACUGUGGAGCUCCUGUGUGGUUUUACCCCUCCUGGCCCUCACGUGGAUGUCAGCCGUCCUUGCCAUCACAGACCGCCGCUCCGCACUCUUCCAGAUCCUCUUUGCUGUCUUUGAUUCGCUGGAAGGCUUCGUGAUCGUCAUGGUGCACUGCAUUCUGCGCAGAGAGGUUCAGGAGGCGGUGAAGUGUCGCGUGGUCGACCGGCAGGAGGACACCAACGGAGAUUCAGGAGGAUCUUUCCAGAACGGCCACGCUCAGCUGAUGACUGACUUUGAGAAAGACGUUGAUAUGGCUUGCAGAUCAGGCACUAUGAAGCGCUCCUCUCUCCAGGGGGAGGAGAAGGCCUCCGCUGGGACCCUCACUCUUCAGAAGGGUUCUAACUUUAACACCAUGCCAGCAAGCAUGGCCAAAGUUCACCUACAGAAUGUGGCUGACUACACCAGCCACACUUUGACGCUGCGUAGGGAGAAAGGUGCUACAAAGGGUAUCAGCACUGAGCUGCCAGGGGCCAAAUCCAUCUACAUCUGCGACGGCGAGCUUUUUAAGCAGCUGGAUGGGGACCUGCCUCGAGGGAACGGCGAGGGCAGCAGCUCUGAAGGCACUGGCAAAGGCCCCGGGUACGUCAUUCUGCCGACCAACAACACGGGCACCCUGAAGCCGGCCAAAGGAAAAGACGAGCAGGCGGCCAAGUAUAACAUCAGCAUCGAGCAGCUGCCUCAGACCAGGCUCAUCCACCUGGCUAACCCCGCCAACGGAGAGCCUGUGCCGGGCUUCGGCCUGAAGAGCCUGCCCGCUGACCAGGUCAGUGUGUCAUGCUCAGAGAGAGACUCACCUGCCCACAACCUGCAGAGCAUGCCCAGAGAGUCUCAGGUGGUCAACAGCGUGUGUGACGGAGGAGACUCCGGAAACUCCGGCGUGAUGUCUAAGAGCGAGACCGUCUCCACACUGUCUAUGAGCUCACUGGAGAGACGAAAAUCACGCUAUGCAGAGCUUGACUUUGAGAAGAUAAUGCACACCCGGAAACGCCACCAGGACAUGUUUCAGGACCUGAACAGGAAGAUUCACAGUGCAGACAAGGAUAGAGAAUCUCCACCUGUUGACGCCAAAGCUGCCAAAAGAUGGAGUGUGUCCUCUGCCAGCAGCGACAAGACCAACAUGAGUGACAAGCAGCAGACUCCCAGCAAGAGGGCCUGGGAGGGCAUCAGGAAGACCCACUCCCCUCCGUCGUGGGUGAGGAAGGACCUGGAGACGGUAGCGGCCUCCCCACUGGAGCUGCAGACGGUGGAGUGGGAGAAGACCAGCGCCACCAUCCCCCUGGUGGGUCAGGAGAUUAUGGACCUGCAAACGGAGGUGUGACCCAGCCGGCGGCCUCACAUCCACCAAUCAAUUUUCCCCCUUAAACGCUCUCAGACAGACAAACAAAGCAGACACACCACAUACACUGCCCUGCUCUGUAUUUCUACUCAACGGCCGGCGACGAGAACGUGAGGGGAAAGGAGUGCGAGGAGGAGACAGAAGCGCCACCAUUUCCAAAACAAAAUCCAGUUAACCGAUUAAAGAGAGAACAGGAACACAGUGUCUCUUUCUGUGUGUUUCAUUUGAUGUUGGGACAGUAUUUUUGAUCAUCUUCUUGUGUACGGUCUUGGAUACCACGCUUGCUUACAUGGGAGACAGAUUGCCAAAGUAGCAGUUCAGCUACUGUAUUAUACAGUCAUAAACAGUAUAGCAAAGGUAAUCAUGCAGUGUUUACCCCUUGUAUUAAAUGGUUAUGAUGUAAUAAUCAUGAUUAUGUCUCUUUUAUUUUUCACUGUUGGAAGUAGCAUUGUUGUUCCGCUCUCUCUUUUCCCAAUGGACGCUGAUCUGAUGUUUAUGCUUCUGGAUUCAUUUCUUCUUCAGCAACACUCGAAAAAGGAAAAAUUACAAAAUUGAUUGAGGAGCCAGACUGCCAAACGUACACUUAUGUGCCCCUCAGUGGCGUAACCCAUCGACUACAGCUCACCCACCCACCCCCGACUCCUUUUGGCUCUGACUCUAAUCCCUCCCUGAUCCUAGCGGGGGGGAAACGUUGACCCCACAGCGACAAAAGGGAAAGCUGGGGACGGGAAAUCGAAGAGCCAAAACAGCAGGAUGCCUUUUCAUCUCCGGACACCUCAGAGACGCUAGAGCAGACCAGCGGGCUCUGUGCUCUAACCAGCCUCUCAACCUCAACGCCGCUCACAGAGGGACUACACGGACGCCAUCUUCAGCGCGGCAAGACGCUGCAGCCGAGAAGGACUGGGUCAGUUUCUCGAUGUACAAGCAGGCUUGGUACAGUAACUGCAAAAUAUGAGAGAGUUUUGAAGAUCCUGAGGAAUAAAAGGUACUCGUGUGUGUAUGUGUGUGUGUAAUUGCAGAUGAAUACAUGACUAGAUCUCUAAAUAUAUAUGGUACGACGGUUAAAGAUGAUAUAGGCCGAGAUAAUGGGAUGGUGGUUGCACACAGAGAAAGCACAAGGCUCAUUUGGAGUCCUGAUGUACAGCAUUGUAAUUAUUUCAACAGAGUUCUACAGAAUGGAUUUUAGCCUAUAAAUAUCUUUCUUACUGUGCUUGGGGAUAGUUGUUAUCAUUAUUAUAAAUAUGAACAUGAUUAUUCUGAUACUGAUCCUCCCAUUCCCCCCCGUCCCUUCAGGGUACUGGACUAUACGAGUGUUCUGUAUCGCAAUGUAACAGUGUGUGUUUUGAUAUCACCGCCAGUCACUCCCUCAGAUCUGUAUUUGUCGAAACCCUGACCGCCGACCCUUGACCUCUGUGCCCUUCUCGAUUCGCACCCACACCCAGCGCCACACUCCCCCCUCCCCCUCUUCCCUUCCCCAACCUCCUCCCACCUCCCCUUUUUAUUUUACCGGGGUCGCCUCUUUGUUAAUGUACAGUUUUCAGAGCACAAAAUGAAUGUGUCUUAUUUCUAAUAAAAGCAUAUCUAUAUAAUUAAA